AUGGGCUGGUCAAUUAUGUUUCACAUUGGAUAUCAAGCUGAGGCAAGUCAAAGUGUUCUCACAACCAAGAUGGCCACCAACCACAGCAAUUACAGCGCCUUCUACUGCAAAUUCAACGAGGACUUUAAAUAUAUCCUCCUUCCUGUCAGCUAUGCCCUGGUCUUUGUUAUUGGCCUGGCACUGAACGCGACAGCCUUGUUUGUGAUUGUGUUCCGCACUAAGCGCUGGAAGCCCUCCACCAUCUACAUGUUCAACCUGACGAUGUGCGACACGCUCUACAUCUUCACCUUGCCCUUCCUUGUCUAUUACUACGCAGACGAGAACGACUGGCCCUUCACUGAACCAUUGUGCAAGCUCAUACGCUUCCUUUUUUACGCCAACUUAUACGGUUCUAUCCUCUUCCUGUGCUGUAUCAGCCUACAUCGCUUCAUUGGUAUCUGCUACCCAGUCCGCUCCAUGAGCUGGGUCAGUGCGCGUCGGGCCAGACUGGUAUCUGUGGCAGUGUGGGCCAUUGUUUUUUGCUGCCAGGCGCCUAUUCUAUACUUCUCAAGAAUCAGGGCUCGGGACACUGGGCGGGUCUGCUACGACACCACAAGCCCAGAGCUUUUUGAUGACUUCCUGGUGUACAGUUCGAUCAUAUCAGUUCUCAUGUUUGCCCUGCCCUUCAUGGUGGUGAUGGUAUGCAAUGGCCUUAUGGUGCGGAAACUUCUGGAGCCAGGCUGGGGCUCUGAUGGGGGACCUGAUAGCGAGAGAGGGGGUCUGUCGGCUAAUCGCUCCAAGCAGAAAUCAGUGAAGAUGAUCAUCAUUGUGCUGGGAACGUUCAUGCUCUGCUUCCUCCCUUUCCACCUCACUCGGAGUCUUUACUACUCCUUUAGAUACCUAAGGCAGCUCAAUCCAGCACAGAUCAGCUGUACUUUGCUCGAGGCCUCCAGUGUGGCCUACAAAGUCACCCGACCCUUGGCCAGCGCCAACAGCUGUCUUGACCCCAUCCUUUACUUCCUGGCUGGACAGGACGCUCGCAGCACUCUCACCAAGAAGACCAAGGCGCCUUCAUCAAGAGCAACAAGUGUGAGCCGACGCUUAACAACAAAACUCUGA